AGUGAUGUCAGUGUUUAAAAUAAACGUUGUCCCGUCAUUCUCAGAUAAAACGUUGAUCCUGUUUCAGACGGCUCCAUUUCUCUAGAGACGUUGCAGAGGCAGCAUGUUAUGAAAGGAAGAUUAUUGGACCAAAGCAGAGCAACACAUGGUUCCAGGUUGAGGUCAGGAUGGGGAACACCUCACCCAGGGUUCUGGUCUCACUCUUGCUGAACACACUGCUCUGCUGUGGACAAACUCUUGAUCCUGUGCUGACUGUUGAACCCAACUGGUUGAAUUUUUAUGUUGGAGAGAUUGUUACAUUUAUCUGUGACAUGAAUGUAGGAAGAGACACUGACUGGAAAUACCGGCUUUAAAGGAAUGGUCAAGAAUUUGUUCCCUAUCAGUCAGAUAAACGUUUCAGUUUUCAACGUAUAUCUACUAGUUAUAGACAUGAAUUUCAGUGCUGUGUAUGCUGGAAGGGUUCAUCUGACAAUAAGUGCAGUAAAACUGUCACUGUUACUGUCUCAGACAGACCCAUGGCCACAUUGACAGCAGGUUCAACAACCAUACCAGUAGGGGGCAGUGUGAUACUGAGCUGCUCAGUGGAGCCCUCUGCUGGAUGGAAGUACAGAUGGUUCAGACGGACCUCAGUCACUUCUUUUGUUGAAUUCAACACAAAUAAUGAAGAAAACAGAGAAAUCACUGUGACACAAGGAGGAAUCUAUAAGUGUGAUGGAAAGAGAGGAAAUCCCUCAUUCUACAGUCAUUCAAGCCAUGAGAACAUCAUUGAAAUAAUGUUUUCCAACAAGGUUUUUGUGACUCGACAACCAAACUGGCCUCAGAUGUUCAGUGGUGAGUCGAUCACUCUGACAUGUGAGGUCCAGGGAGGAGGAACCACUGAGUGGACGUGUGAAUGGAGGAGAUCUGGGUCAAUAAUACACAAGACAGACAGUAAAGACUGGACUUUCAUUGUCUCUGAGUCCAGCAGUGGAAACUACAUGUGUCAGUGUAGAAGCAGAGAUGACUGGUAUUCUUCAACACAGAGGAGUGAAACCAUCAGACUGUCUGUAUCAAGAGAUAAACCUGGAGCCAAACUGACAGCAGGUUCAUCAACCAUACCAGUAGGGGGCAGUGUGACACUGAGCUGCUCAGUGGAGCCCUCUGCUGGAUGGAAGUACAAAUGGUUCAGGCGGACCUCAGAUUCUUCUUUUGUUGAAUUCAGCAGAAAUAAUGAAGAAAACAGAGAAAUCACUGUGACACAAGGAGGAAUCUAUAAGUGUGAUGGAAAGAGAGGAAAUCCCUCAUUCUACAGUCAUUCAAGCCUUGAGAACAUCAUUGAAAUAAUGUUUUCCAACAAGGUUUUGUGACUCGACAACCAAACGGUUCUCAUGUCUUCAGUGGUGAGUCGAUCACUCUG